AGGGGAAUAAUAAAAAAAAAAAAGGGGGGGGGAAAGGACAUUAUCAGAGUAGUUUUUUCCGAGACAUAAUCGAAUACCGGAUAUUAUACAUGAAGAGCAAGAGUCCUACAGUGGGGAGCAACUGAAAUUUGGAACACCCGUAUAGGGCUUAGUGGCCGGUUUAGGGACCGCCUACUAGACUAGGCAUAUUAUGCCCGGUAGAAACCUCAUGAAUUCCUAUCCUAGUACUUAAUAUACCAGCCCUAGGCCUCAAUGACAGUCUUUACACGGUGAGGGCAUAGUCUGGAAAAGGCGUACAUGAACCAGUCCCGCUUACUAUGGUAAAAAUGGUAGGCGGUAGAAUGUGCGCACGGGCCGCCUCCAAGAGGGGUUUCCAAAUUUCAAAUACCUCCCACUGUAGCUUAAAGGUCGGUAAAGCGUGCUGAUGUCCAUCUAAUCACGUGCACGACGGCCGCCGCCCCAGACUUACACCCGCUUCCACCUGUGUGUUAAAGAUCGCCUUAGCAAUUCUCAUAUGACCCAUUAGCGCGGACUAGGACGGUUUUAUUAUAGUCUCUAGUGCCAUUUAAGCGGCUUACUUUCUCUAAGCUCUGUCUCUGGUGUUUUGCGGUGACGGUUCUCGGAGCAUGAGCCUCUCAAAUACCUGAGCUGGCGGAUACUAGUUAAUCAGAAAUCAACUAUUUUCAAACCUAGAGUCCGCUGUAUCCAUGUCACAGCCAUGGGAUUAUAUUGCUAAGCUUGUCUGUAUUGGUGACUCUGGAACUGGAAAGUCCAGCUUGACUAUUCGGCUUUGCGAAGGACGCUUUUCAUCUUCCCACGAUGUGACUAUCGGUGUGGAGUUUGGGUCGCGCAUUGUUCCAGUUGGGCCACCUAGUUCAAAAGCCCUAAAUAUAGAAUCAAGCACCAACCGUCGCAACCGUUCCUUUUCGUCGCCGGUAGCUUCAGAUACCUCAGAGGAGCCUAUCGUCUCUGGUUUACCUAAUCCUCCACGAAAAAUAGCCGAGUCUCAGAAAAAGAUGAAGUUAUCACUGUGGGAUACAGCAGGGCAGGAAACGUACAAAUCCAUCACACGGUCAUAUUUUCGCGGUGCCUCUGGUGCUCUGCUUGUGUUCGAUAUAACGAGACCAUCCACGUUUACUUCAUGCACACAGUGGUUGCAGGAUUUGCGGCAAAUUGCGGAAGAAGGAAUUGUAGUUAUUCUCGUCGGCAACAAAAGUGAUCUGACCGGUAAUGAUCCGGAACGGAGUGAGAAGCAUGUUACAAGGCGAAAGGCGGAAGAGUGGUGCCGCAUGAACAACGUCGUACGCUACGUCGAGACCAGUGCAAAGUCCGGUGACGGCGUCGAGCUUGCGUUUCUUGAGGUCGCCGAGAGAAUUUAUCGAAAUAUCGAGGCGGGCAGGUACGAUUUAAAUGACCGCCGAAGCGGAGUGAAGGGCUUCGGCGCUACCGGUGGGGGGAGCACUAAUGUGCCAACAACUGUUACCCUAGGCUUGAACGAUGCAAUGCGCAGGGGCGGAAAUGGAUGGGCUGGAAACUGUUGUUGAGUAGAUUACGUCCACAACUGCAAUAAUCCUGAUUGUGCAAUGCUACCUGAGAGCAGCGACAAGUUCACUAGAUUACUCUUUCUAAGCCACAACCAUCAAUACUCGAACUAGACUUUAGGAAGGUUGGAAAUAUCCUGGGAACUACCAAUAAAGAGAAAAAGUCCUUCUAGAUUUGAUGGAGUGAAUUAGACUUCAUUGACAUCGCCGGUAUAGCCGAUGAGAUACUACACAGAGCAUAGUGAAGGUGAUUUAAUAGCAACACAAUGGAAGCAUGGCGGGCUGGAAACAACGGGAAGACGAUAAU